AUGAAACUUCUAGUGGUUCUACUUGCUGCAACAGCGUUUUGCGCUGUCAGUGCGAUUCCUCUGGUUCCAAGAGAUAACAGUCAUUAUGUAGAAGGAGUGAGCCGAUACAUUUGGAUGCCAGAUGACGAAGGUAAUCAAUACCUUAUUGAUCUGCAAGCUCCCAUUGAAGAUGACAUCGUAAGCCUAAAUGCUGGUAACCGUAACGAGUACUGGCUAUUUACAAGACGUAAUCGAAACAGUCGUCAAAUAUUGACUAACGGUAACGCUAACUCCAUCCGAAACUCGCAGUAUAACGGCAACCGCCCUACGAUGGUGUUAACACACGGAUGGAACAGCAAUGGAAAUACAAACUGGAUCAACCAAGUGAAAAACGAACUCCUCGCUCAAUCGGAUGUCAACGUUAUUGUUCUUGACUGGCGCCGGGACGCUUCUAACGCAAUAUACCUUCCGUCUGCUCGAAAUGUUGUCGGUGUUGGUAGAGCUCUGGCAAACUUUCUUAAUUUCCUUCUAGAUACCGGCGGUAGCAACUGGAACAACGUUCAUAUAAUUGGCCACAGCUUGGGCGCUCAUGUUGCUGGCAAUGCCGGUCGCUCGGGCCGGCAGCGACCAAGUCGAGUUACUGGUUUAGAUCCAGCUGGUCCUAAUUUCGGUAAUAACGCAGAUGCUCUAAAUCGCAACUCUGCUACUUAUGUUGAAAGUAUUCACACAAAUGGUAAUAGCCUGGGCAUCAAUGAUGUUAUUUCACAUGCCGAUUUCUACCCUAAUGGAGGCAGACGGCAACCUGGUUGCGGGAACUUAGACCAAGCGUGCCAUCAUGGACGUGCACCUCUUCUCUUCGCUGCUUCUAUCAGAUCUAGUCACUUGGUCGGAAGACGUUGCAAUAACCUCAGUGAAGCCAAUAAUAAUCGGUGCACUGGGGGCAGCUUGGUACUUGGUAACAUCAACAUGGGCAAACGAGGAUCGGGUAUUUAUGCUAUGACAACACGAAACAGCUGGCCUUACUAAAGGAAUAUGACCGAGAUUUAAAUCAAACGAAAAAUGUUCUCUAAAUUUUACUUGAUAUAUUCAUUAAAAAUAAU